AUGAUGCAGAGAAGAUAUGAUUUUGUGGGCUCACUUUUCCACGUCAUGAUCUUCAGAAACCUGAGCACAGAUAAAAAGAAAUUUUGGCCACUGAGCUCCGCUCCAGGCAUCUCCCGGGACAACUGGCACAAGCGCCGCAAGACCGGGGGCAAGAGAAAGCCCUACCACAAGAAGCGAAAGUAUGAGCUGGGACGCCUGGCUGCCAACACUAAGAUUGGCCCCCGACGUAUACACACAGUUCGUGUGAGAGGAGGCAACAAGAAGUACCGUGCCCUAAGAUUGGAUGUGGGGCAUUUCUCCUGGGGCUCUGAAUGUUGUACUCGCAAAACAAGGAAAAUUGAUGUUGUCUACAACGCCUCCAAUAAUGAACUGGUCCAAACCAAGACCCUCGUGAAGAACUGCAUCAUGCUCAUUGACAGUACACCAUACCGCCAGUGGUAUGAGUCCCACUAUGCGCUACCCCUGGGUCGCAAGAAGGGGGCUAAGCUGACUCCUGAGGAGGAAGAGAUUUUAAACAAAAAGCGAUCAAAGAGAACUCAGAAAAAAUACGAUGAAAGGAAAAAGAAUGCAAAAAUCAGCAGUCUUCUAGAGGAGCAGUUCCAACAGGGCAAGCUUCUUGCAUGUAUUGCUUCCUGGCCAGGCCAGUGUAGCCGUGCAGAUGGUUAUGUGCUAGAGGGCAAGGAGCUGGAAUUCUACCUGAGGAAAAUCAAGGCACGGAAAGGCAAAUAA